AUGGUGGAUGACAGGCUGGUGGCCUUUGUUAAUGGUAGAAGAGUCUACGAGGAAGCCAUGGAGAAAUACAACAUAGAGCCCGUUGGAACCAGCAUGGUCCGCGUGAGGCUCUUGAAUCUCAUGGUCCACUUCGACGGCUACACUGCUAGGAUCUACAUGAGAAAACAUAUGACUGAAGACCAAUGCGGUCUUUGUGGACACAGUGAUGAUGAGUGCGGAGUCGAAGAAAAUUAUUCACGUGAGAAGAAUCACUAUGGGCUGAAGGAACAUGAGGAUAGUGAAGAAACCAUCGAGGAUUGGCCCGAUGUUCAAGAAGGUGAUAGGAACCACAGGGACGACAAACGACUUCAUAGGAAUCGAUUUGAAGGCAAAUCGGAGGAAAAGGAAGAAGUUUAUCCCAUUCAUCAAGAUCCAACUGCAGCGAUUCUCGAGAGGACUCACGUUAUCGAGGCUGCUCACGGAGUCUGCUUCUCUCUUGAGCCGGUCCCCGUAUGCCGCGAGAACGAGCAGAUGAGUACGGUUAUUAACAGGAAAGUUAGUUUUACAUGCCUUCCGCGUUCGUCAAGUGAAGCUCGCCAGCUCCUUCACAAGGCCAGUAGCAACGCUCUCGAUCUCAAGCACUAUCCUAUUUCAUUCGUUGAGAGUAUACAGGUCCCUCUCACUUGCACCGUAUAUUGA